GAGCCUACAGUCAGUAUAACAAUGGCUGACAUUGGGAAGCUGCGAUACCCACCGCGAUGAUCUAAUUGUAAAACUUUCAUUCUCUUUCGAGGUAUGCUCAAUCAUUUUAGCAGGCAUAUAGGAUCAUCACAUCAGACUGGUUACCAUGGCAAUCAUCAAACAAUGUUGCUGUUGCAGCGUAAGGAGAGGAUCUAUAAUCACUGGCAUCUACGGAAUCCUCUACUCUAUCAUCAUAAUAGCACAUACAGCCCUGCUGUUUAAGGCUUAUUCUGUAUGGGAUCUCAGAGGCAAAAUCGAACCUCAUUUUGUCGUCAAGCAAUUUUACAAGAUCGGAGAUAUAAUCAGUGAAAUUGAAGACCAGGAUCGAACUGAAUUUUAUGGCAGGAUAUUUGCUUUGCUGUUUUUCGUUAUAUACCUAAUCGUUUCCAUCAUGUUGGUGUUUGCAGCAUGUAGGCGCUACCGAUUUCUAGUUCUUCCUUUCUUAAUUGUGCUAUGCUGCCUGGUUGUUUUACAUUUCAUCACAAUUGUAGAGGUGUUUGGAGCGAUGCUCCAGAUGUCCAUAAUGGGAAUCUCUCUUGUUUUGCCUCUGGCAUUUCACAUCACAUCUACACUCGUUGAUUUAUCAUGCGUUUUAUGCGUCGUUUCUUUGUUUCAACAAAUUCAACAACAACGGAGAGAAGAUGAGAGAGGACCUCGGCCACCAUCAAGAUCUAGAUCAAGAAGACCUACAUAAAAAUACCAUCUAACAAUAUGAUGUCACACAAUUAAGUCACUAUAAGAUUCCUUUAUAAAAAAAUUGAACUUCAUUGCAUUAAUAUGGCCUAUUUUUAUUUCACAAUUUGUAUACCAUUUUAUUGAUUUGACAUUUAUAUGCACACCAUUUUUUAUCAUUUAUUUAAUCAUUUCAUUCAUUUUAUUCAUUUGUUUAUGGGGGGGGGGGUCAUCAACUGAGACUUAAGUUAGAAAGUCAUAAUCAGAUAUUUCGUUCAAUACAUAAUAGAAAGCAUUAUAGUAGUGAUGUAUGAGUACGCUCAUGAGUAUGAAUUGUAGUGAAUACUGAGAUAAGAUAACUUAUGUUCAAUGUCAUAGCAUGGAUAUGCAGUGUGAAAAAAAAACCCAGAAAAUCACAUUCUUUUUAAGAUUAGUAUUUACCAUUGUUUUCUAAUGGAAAACAAACUUUGUCUUGAAGAUCCGGAAUAACGAUGCUGUUCAGUUAUGCACAUGAAUCGUAAAUCAGAUUUUUUUAACCUUUCAGUUUCGUAGUGUUUUCUCAAGUUACUACCUUUUAAUCCCUUCUUUUUAACUUAUAGUUAUAAUUGUCGUAUAUAAAACUUGUAUUGUUGCAAAUAAAGAACUUGUUCAAACC